AGAAAUUCAUACAAGCUGCUCGAGAGUGUUUAUUCAGUGUAAAGUUAUUAUUCACGCUAAUUUUAGUAUAUAUUUUUUAAUCUGUUAUAGUGUGAGACUGUGUUAUUUGGCGGUUAAGUUCUAAAAGUCGCUGUUAUGGUGAAGCAAACAUGACACAUGUGUUAAAUAUCGCACAGGAUCAGAUCCACAGACAGGAUGAACAUGAUCACUUUCCUCAUCGCAGGGCUUCUGGUCCAUGUCGUCUUCUUCAUCUCCAUAUUUGACAUCUACUUCACGUCCCCCUUGGUCCAUGGGAUGAGUCCUCAGCGUGUGCCCCUGCCGUCUCCUGCCAGGCGCCUGGUGCUGUUCGUGGCAGACGGUCUGAGGGCAGACAGCAUGUUUAAGCCUGACAUCAACGACACCAUCAGGACGCCUUAUCUAAGGAGUGUAAUUCAGGAGAGCGGUUCAUGGGGAGUGUCUCAUACACGUGUACCUACAGAAUCCCGUCCUGGACAUGUGGCUCUUAUUGCAGGCUUCUAUGAGGAUGUCAGCGCUGUGGCCAAAGGCUGGAAGGAGAAUCCCGUGGAGUUUGACUCUGUGUUUAAUGAAAGCAGGCGCACAUGGUGUUGGGGAAGUCCUGACAUCCUGCCCAUGUUCGCUAAAGGAGCGAGUGGAGAUCAUGUGCACACUCAUACUUAUCCUGCUGCAAUGGAGGACUUCGCUUCGAAGGACGCCUCCAAACUGGAUACCUGGGUCUUUGACCAAGUGAAGGACUUUUUCAGAUCGGCCAAACAGAAUCAAACCCUCAUGUCCCAAUUGCAUGAAGAUAAGCUUGUAUUUUUCCUUCAUCUUCUUGGAAUUGACACUAAUGGACACGCCCACCGGCCCAUGUCAAAGGAGUAUCUGGACAACGUUGGCCUGGUUGACGGCGGAGUGGCCGAGAUCGUUUCUGUGUUCGAGGAGUUCUUUGGGAACGAUAAGAAGACAGCGUAUGUUUUUUCGUCUGAUCACGGCAUGACAAACUGGGGGUCUCAUGGAGCCAGUCAUCCAUCAGAGACCCUCACUCCAUUGGUGGCGUGGGGGGCCGGAGUUCAAAGAGCUCAGAGAACCACGACUUUUCAGAAUUAUGACGAUGAGUACAGCAGAGACUGGGGUCUGGAGACGUACAGGAGGAUUGAUGUCAACCAGGCUGAUAUAGCACCGCUCAUGUCAUCCCUCAUCGGGGUUCCCAUCCCACUCAACUCUGUGGGGGUCCUUCCACUCGAGUACCUCAAUAACAGCCAGCAUUUUAAAGCUGAAAGCAUGUACGCAAAUGCCGUCCAAAUCCUGGAGCAAUUCAAAGUGAAAAUAACACAGAAAAAGAAGACAACUUUGUCAUUUCUCUACACGCCCUACCAAUUCCUGACUGAUUCUAAAAUGACAGAGUUUCUAAGUCACACAAGAUCACUGAUAGAGAAAGGGCACUUCGAUGAAGCUAUUUAUCAGUGUAAGGUUCUGAUCGAUCAGGCCAUGGAGGGAUUGUCCUACUACCACACGUACGACCGCAUUUUCCUGGGCUGCAGCGUGGUAUUAGGGUUCAUUGGAUGGACGUCUUAUGUGGUUUUGGUCAUUCUGAAGACUCAUGCCAGUCUGCGCAAACCGCCUGCAGGAAGAGACACAUCAGCAGGGAGACAUCUGGGUCGGGUGUUUGCCUGUAUGGGCCUUCUGGUGUCUCUUUUUCUGUAUUUUCAGUCCAGCCCUUUCACCUACUACAUCUACUGCCUGCUCCCUGUCCCUGUGUGGUACAGCGUCCUUAAAGAAUUCAGGAUCCUUGUUGAUUUUAUCAGCUCAGUUCCAUCCUUGCCCCUGAGCAAAUGCUUUGGAUAUUUUGUUCUUAUCACAUUGGGGAUAGAGUUACUGGUUGUGAGUUUUUUCCACCGGGCCAUGCUGACCCUGGGACUGAUAGCACUGUCGCUGUGGCCUGUUUCUUCAGGGAUUUAUAAAAAAAACAAGUCCAGGUCAGUGAGCUGGGUAUUGAGCUGCCUGUGCCUGGCAGUGUUUCCUCUGCUGCCCGUUGUAGGCCGAGAACCCAACACCAACUAUGUGUUAUGUGCUGGAGCUCUAACCUUGUUCACGUCGGUCCUCUACAUCUUAUCACACAAACAUGCAGGAAUGCAUACGAGAGAUCGGCGGCUGUUUAUCGGCCAGAUGCUGCAGGUGGCUCUGUGCUCUUACGUGCUUUCCAGCACACACUCUAGUCUGCAACUCAAACACGGCCUGCCACUCUUUAAUCAGCUCAUCAGCUGGAGCACACUAGUGUCGUCAUUUUUUGUGCCUCUGCUGAGUUCAACACGACUCUUCCACAGGCUGCUGAGUAUUCUGAUGUCUCUGGUCUGUGUGUACAUUCUCCUAAGCACUGGGUACGAGGCCCUGUUUCCUCCCGUACUGUCAUGGCUGAUGUUCGUGUGGAUCCAUAUGGAGCAAGAAGCCGUAGAUACACACGGAAUGUCCAACAGGAAUGAGCUCUCACACAUCGAUUUUGCCGAAAAUAUCGACUUAUCCAGAAUCAGGCAGCUGAGUUUAGACGAUAUCAGAAGAUCAUACUUCUUUGUAUUCUUUAUAAUCAUUGCUUUCUUUGGUACAGGAAACAUUGCCUCCAUCAACAGUUUUGACCCGGCUUCUAUCUACUGCUUUUUAACCGUCUUUAAUCCUUUCAUCAUGGGUGGACUUUUAAUGUGGAAGGUCCUGAUUCCAUUCAUAAUUGUGAUGUGCACGUUUGAAAGUGUUCAAGUGUCAACACGGCUUUCAUCACGAAGCCUUUUCCUCAUCGUGCUGGUCAUCUCUGAUUUAAUGGCGCUGCAAUUUUUCUUUUUGGUAAAAGACUAUGGAAGCUGGCUUGAUAUCGGCACAAGCAUUAGUCAUUAUGUUAUUGUCAUGUCCAUGACCAUCUUCCUGAUGCUGCUGAGUGUAAUGACACACAUCCUGACCUCAAACAAACUCCAGCUUGGACAAAAAGUGAAGGUGCACUUUAAGUGAUCUACAUUAGAAUAAGAAAAACAUUACAUUGUAAGUACAAGCUUCUCAUAAGGAUGAAAAAAAAAAACAUUUCUGGUAAAUACUGUACACUGUUAGAGUUAGGGGGAAAUAAACCGUAUAAAGUAUGCGUGUGCAGCUAUGCAAACGCUUACCCACUUGCUGGAAAUAGAAACAGGAAAACAAGCAUGUUUUAAUUUUUUUUUUUUUUUACAUUUUUAUUCAAGAAGCACCCGAACUAAAAAAACAAAUAAUGUGUUAAUGAGAUUGUGUGUACUUCAUAACUUUAAAAACAGGUGCUUACAAAACUAGACUGGUUGAUUUUGUUUGUAAAUUUAUUUAUUUUGUAACAUUUCUGUCACAUUAAGAUGUUUAUUUUUUUGUGCUGAUUGUGGACGGUUUACAUUGCUUGAUAUGAGUUGUACUGGUACAGAGGAUUCUCCAAUCUUAGCCAAUGAUUCUUCUAUAAAGAUAAGUAAAUGUAUAAAUAUAAUAAAAUUGUAAAGUUGGCGCUCUGUACAUCGAAGAUAUUUGUGAAAAGAUUAUUUCGGAGGACGUACUGUAAGAUGAGUAAUAGAACACCUUAAAAUAGUUUUUGGAAGUUUGUCUGUUUGUAUGUUCGUUUGUUCAAAAAAUUAACAUGGAAAGAGAAGAUAUGCUACUUUGAAAUUUUAAAUCAUAAAUACCCUUAUUAUAAAAAAAGCACUGAAAAAAUUAUUAAUUAAUCUCAAAAUUCAACAGAUGGCGCUGUACAUUUUUUAAUACACGCUUAUGAGUGUGCAAUUGGAAUCUACUUAAUGAACACGUUUUCGCACCUUUUACACGUUUAACAUGUAAAAGUUUUAGUUCAUUACAAAAUUCAUUUUUAAAAAUUAAACACGCUUAUGAGUGUGCAAUUAAAUUCCACGGGAACAAAGUUGCAGGCACAUCUGGUCAUAAAAUUUAUAUUUAAAUGGAGUAGCGCGGGAUGACUUAAAGUGAAACUUAAACAUUAACUGGAAUUUUUUAAAAACUUUGAUUAUUAAAUCAGUGUUGUUUUGAAGAAUUGAUGAUAUAUUUUACUUGAAUGGCUUUUAUG